UCAGGCCCAGGCGCUGGGGUCCAGAGAUCGCAGACCUGACUCUCUCGGAGACCUUCAGGUCCUCCCCGAUGAAACCCUCUGCGCUAUCUUGGAAUACCUCACUCCUCGGGAUCUCGCUCGCCUCGCUUGUGUCAGCAGGUUCAAACCUGUUCUCUAAUCCGUAUUCCUAGGUUUUUGUAUGAUAAAUUAUACACAGUUAUUUCAAUACUCAAAGAUUCGGGCAUUGCACAUUUCUACCAUUUCUUAGCUCCCCAUUGAUAGCUGAACUCGUGCUUUGAAUUUGAUUUUCGCCGCUAAGAACAAUAAUUCGAUUUUGGAAUGGAGCGAGAGCCAGUUACAACAAUUUUCUCUCUGAAUGGGAACAAUAGGAUAUGUAAUUUCAGAGAAGCAUGUGUGUCUGAGAAGUUGUAAAGAAAUAGGAUUGGUGGUUCGCUGAGUGGCACAAAGCUGGUGAAAUGAGGUGGGUGUCCAGAUAACAUUGGCAGCAAGGAUUGCAAUUGAGUGGGACAUUGUAGUGCUUACUUAUUGCGGAUUUGCAGCACAAUAUAGUUAUCCAAUUGUGGAUGAUGAGUUCGAUACGAGUGAGGUUAAAAUUGCAAUAUCAACAAGCUUUAAGUGGUUAAGUGGAGCCUGAUAGUUGUCUUUGGAAUUGGCGUGGUUAAUGGUCUGUACUAAUGAGCGACGUUUUUAUGAAUAUGCCUCAGAUUAGUGUGAUGUACUUACUAUGCAAUGAAGAACCAUUGUGGAUGAGCCUAUGCCUUAAAACGCUAAAUGGCCCGCUUCAGUACAAAGGCUCGUGGAAGAAAACAGCUUGUCAUUUGGAGCAGCUGCUCAAUGAAUAUGAAGAACCCUCCAGAAAACCACUUCAUUUUGAUGGGUUCAGCUCUUUGUUCUUGUACAGAAGAUUAUACAGGAGCCACACCACAUUGUGCGGCUUUUCUUUUGAUAAUGGUACUGUGGAAAGAAAGAAGGACCUUACUUUAGAAGAGUUUUAUCAUCAGUAUGAUGGGAAGAAACCGGUUUUGCUUACUGGACUGGCGGACACUUGGCCAGCAAGGCAUUCAUGGAUAAUUGACCAGUUAUUGCUGAACUAUGGCGACACAACUUUCAGAAUUUCUCAAAGGGGUCCACGAAAAAUCUUGAUGAAAUUUAAACAUUAUGUCUCAUACAUGAAACUUCAGCAUGAUGAGGAUCCACUAUAUAUAUUUGAUGACAAGUUUGGGGAAGUUGCACCUGGUUUGCUGAAGGAUUACAAUGUCCCUCAUCUAUUUCAAGAAGACUUUUUUGAUGUCUUAGAACGAGAUCAGCGACCACCAUUUAGAUGGCUUAUAAUUGGGCCAGAGAGGUCUGGUGCCUCUUGGCAUGUUGAUCCAGCUCUUACCAGUGCCUGGAAUACCCUUCUGUGUGGUCGUAAAAGGUGGGCGUUUUAUCCACCAGGAAGAGUGCCCCUGGGAGCCACAGUGCAUGUAAAUGAAGAAGAUGGUGAUGUCAAUGUUGAGACACCAUCAUCGCUGCAGUGGUGGCUAGAUUUUUAUCCACUACUUGCUGAUGACGACAAGCCAAUAGAGUGUACCCAACUACCUGGGGAGACAAUUUUCGUUCCAAGUGGAUGGUGGCAUUGUGUCUUGAAUCUGGAAACAACUAUUGCUGUGACACAAAAUUUUGUGAAUUCCAAGAACUUUGAAUUUGCAUGUUUGGAUAUGGCACCUGGUUAUCGCCAUAAAGGAGUUUGCCGUGCUGGAUUGCUUGCUCUUGAACAAGGCAGUUUCGAGGAUGCAGAUAAGAAUAUAUUCUGCAUUGAUGAUAGUUUCAGUUACCCAGACCUGACUAGGAAAGACAAGAGGGCCAGAAAUCAGGAACCUGGAGAUGGUCCAAAUCAUGAAAAAACUACCAAUGGUGCCUCUAGAAGAUAUAAUAUGUGGAAACAAGGUUUUUCAUAUGAUAUAAAUUUCUUAUCCAUGUUUUUAGAUAAAGAGAAAGACCACUACAGUUAUCCUUGGAGCUCAGGCAACUGCAUGGGACAACGAGAAAUGAGAGACUGGUUAUCCAAGCUUUGGGUUAGAAAGCCAGGAAUGAGAGAAGUAAUAUGGAAGGGAGCAUGUCUCGCACUAAAUGCGGACAAAUGGUUAGAAUGCCUUGCAGAAAUUUGCGCCUUCCACAAUUUGCCUUCUCCCACAGAUGAUGAGAGGCUUCCUGUUGGCACGGGUAGCAAUCCUGUUUAUCUCAUGCAAAACACUGCAAUCAAAAUUUUUGUUGAAGGAGGGUUGGAAGCUUCAAUUUAUGGUUUAGGCACCGAGCUUGAGUUUUACAAUAUAUUAUGUAAAGUCAACUCCCCUCUGAAGAAUCACAUUCCUGAUGUUUUGGCAAGUGGGAUUCUUUACCUUGAAAAUGGGUCUUAUAAAGUUGUUUCUUGGGAUGGCAAAGGAGUUCCUGAUGUGAUUGCUGAGAGCAAUCUGAGUCCAGAAAAUUGCAAAGUAGAUGAAUAUCCUUUUGGUGUAUGGAGCAAGAAACAAUUUGAAUACAGAAAAGCUGUGAUUUCAAUACAUGAAUCAAUUGUUCCGGCAGGAUCCACUAGGAUAUGGCCAUACAUUAUAACAAAACGAUGCAAAGGGAAGAUUUUUGCUCAAUUGAGAGAUAGGCUGUCAUGGGAAGAUACACUAAGCUUAGCUUCUUUUCUGGGAGAGCAGCUCCGUAACCUUCAUCUCUUGCCCCAUCCACCUUUUAAUCAUUCAAUUUUUUCAGAUAUUGAGCCGAAAUUGCAAUUGGCCUUUACUAACGAUUGUAUGGAGGCUGUUCCUAACAAAUCAAGAAUUCCAGUAGAAUGGGAAAUUUUCAUCAGAACUUUAAUGAGGAAGAAGAAGGAUGUAUCAAUCCGCUUGUCUAAAUGGGGCGAUCCAAUUCCUCACACACUGAUAGAGAAAGUUGAUGAAUACAUCCCAGAUGAUUUUGCCAAGUUGCUUAAUGUAUUUGAGGGUGAAAAUGGUCUAAAUAAAGUUUGUAAACCUUGCUCUUGGAUACACUCGGAUAUUAUGGAUGAUAAUAUUCACAUGGAAUCAAAGUCGGGUAGUUUGUGCUUGAGUGGAAAUGCCAAAGAUGCUGACCAGGAGGAUGAUGACUCUAUGAAUGGCUACAAUGAAGGUGGAAAGGGAAAAUCAUGGUGCCCUAGCCACAUUCUUGAUUUCAGUGAUCUGUCUUUAGGUGAUCCUAUUUGUGAUUUGAUCCCCAUAUAUUUUGACGUAUUUAGAGGUGACCAGAGUCUCCUUAAGCAAUUUUUAGAAAGCUACAAACUUCCUUUCAACAAAAUGCCACAGCAUGAAUCAGAGGAGGGUGGUGAAAAAGGUGGACGACUUUCAUACCUUGCCAUGUGUUAUUGUAUUUUGCAUGAAGAGAAUAUUUUGGGAGCCAUCUUCGGUAUAUGGAAUGAACUCAGAACGGCAAAAUCAUGGGAAGAAGUUGAGCUGAAAGUAUGGGAAGAGUUAAAUAAUUACAAAGGCUUUACCUGAUCGUUGCCUGCAACUCUCAUUAUCCGACCUCUAAACUUUGCAUGUUGAAGUCUCUGCUAAAUUUAUGUCAUUUCUAAUAAAUACAGAAAAUUCGGGCACUGCAA